AUGCAGAACAUCGCGGUUCGCAUCGCGAUAGAAAGACGCUGGCUGCAGGUCCUUGCCGCAGCGAACGGGAAGCCCGUCCAGGCAGCUGAGAUCGCGAAAGAGACCACGGACGACGCCCGGUUUGUCAUGCGCAUCUUGCGGUUCAUGGCUGUCAUCGGACUGUGCGAUGAGGAUGAAGGGGCGUAUGUCGCGAACGAGCGGACGAAUUUCCACGCGCUUUCUGGGUCGGUGGCUGCGGUGAAAACCACGUAUGACUUGUUUUUCCCUAUGGCCGGGCGACUGGUAGACUACAUGCGCGGACCGGGGUUAGGUCCAGACGCAGAGAGCUUGUCCAAGUUCACCAUACCGGCGUCAAUCAUGGUUUUUGAGCUUAUGGAGAGCGACCCGCAGUUGAAGAAGACCUUUGAUGAGUAUAUGUUUGUCGAGCAGCAGUGGUUCCGGUUCGCGUGGUUUGAGAUAUACCCACCGGCGCAGGAGCUUGCCAGUCUAGAUUGCGAUCCCACCCACCCUCUAAUUGUUGAUCUCGGCGGUGGUCGUGGACAGAACUUGAUCCGCUUCAAGCAGCAGUAUCCGGAUCAUCCGGGACGGUUGAUCUUGCAGGAUUUGCCGUCCACUGUGGAGGGUAUUCCGGAGCUGCCGGAUGGCAUCGAAGCGAUGGGGCAUGACUUCUUCACACCCCAGCCGGUUCACGUUAGACAUGCUGAUGUGGCUUGCGGUGGGAGGGAUCGAGCGCACGGAGACGCAGUGGAAGCAGCUGCUCCGGAACGCAGGGCUGGAGCUGAUCAAUGUAUGGCGGUCCCCGAAGUUGGGCGACUCUGUUCUGGAAGCCAGGCUGGCAGGCCGUUAAAUCCGAAGACGCAUUGCUCUUAUCGUAUGGUUGUCAGCUGUCUCUCGACGAGCCCACUGUUUCCUAUUCAGAUAACCCGUAAGCAGAGACAAUCCAUCAUGUCUCUCCCAACCGCCAAGCUGGGCAAAAACGGCCCCGAAGUCCCCCGCAUCGGCCUGGGUCUCAUGGGCCUGAGCGCCUUCUACGGCACGAUCAAGCCCGACAGCGAACGCUUCGCAUUCCUCGACGCAGCAUACGAGCUGGGCGAGACCUUCUGGGACAGCUCCGACAUCUACGGCGACAGCGAAGACCUCAUCGGCAAAUGGUUCCAAGCCAACCCCACCAAGCGCGAGCACAUCUUCCUGGCCACCAAAUUCGCCAUCCGCAGGCGCCCGGACGGCACGCGCUUCAUCGACUCGUCCCCGGAGUACGUGCACCAGGCGUGCGCGCAGUCCCUCGCCCGGCUCGGCAUCAGCACCAUCGACCUCUACUACUGCCACCGGCUGGACCAGACGACGCCCAUCGAGAAGACGGUGCAGGCGAUGGCGCAGCUCAAGGCGGAGGGCAAGAUCCGGUAUCUCGGGCUGAGCGAGUGCAGCGCCGAGUCGCUGCGGCGCGCGCACAAAGUGCACCCCAUCGCCGCCGUGCAGAUGGAGUACUCGCCGUUCUCGCUGGAGAUCGAAAGCCCGCAGUACAAGCUGCUGGAGACGGCGCGCGAGCUGGGCGUCGCGGUUGUGGCGUACUCGCCGCUGGGGCGGGGAUUCUUGAGCGGGGAGCUCACCUCGCCGGACCAGUUUGAUGACAAUGAUUUCCGCAAGUUUGCGCCGCGGUUUAGUAGGGAGAAUUUUGGGAAGAACCUGGAGCUGGUGAAGGCUAUUCGGGGGCUUGCGGAGAGGAAGGGGGCCACGCCGUCGCAGUUGACGCUGGCGUGGUUGAUGGCGCAGGGCGUCGAUAUCUUUCCUAUCCCUGGUACGACGCGGGUCGAGAGACUCAAGGAGAACUUGGGGAGUCUGCGGAUUACUUUGUCAGAGGAGGAGGAGCGCGAGUUCCGGCAGGCUUGUUCGGCGGUUGAGGUUGCGGGCGCUCGGUAUCCCGAGGAGAUUGUCUCAAGGCUGUUUGCUGAUACGCCUCCUCUGUGA